GGGGACUGUGCAGUGUUCACUAAUGUUCCGCGUCUUGUACUUCCAGCUCUCCAGCGUGGCAGACGCUACCGAUCGCAUGCCUCUAAACGGAUGGAACCCGUAUUUUCUCGCGAAAUAUCCCGACUGGCGACUUACAUUUAAAGCUACAUAGGAGCUACACGUUCGUAUUGCUGGAUAUCUGCGCUUGUCCGCCGACGGAAGAAGUGUAAUACACAUCAUCGAGGGACGUGCAACUCUCUGGUCCUUCAGUCCUGAAAUGGACACUGGAAUUGGACCUGAAAAGAAAAGUCAGGAAGAAGAGAUGGCAACUCUUGUAGGGCACCUUAAAGUUGCAGAUCCAAUCUGCGGAGACGAUGACCAACCACCACGUCUCUCCUGCAGGGUGAGCUCGGAGCGGAGAAAGGAAAAGUCGAGGGAUGCAGCGCGAUGCCGGCGAGGGAAGGAGUCCGAAGUGUUUUACGAGCUGGCCGAGCAGCUACCUCUGUCUCACAGCAUCAGCUCCAGCCUGGACAAGGCCUCGAUUAUGAGACUCACCAUCAGCUACCUGCGAUUGAGGAAAUUGCUUGACACUGAUGAGCCAAAAUCAGAGGAGGAGAGCGAGAUGGAUACCCAACUGAACAGCUCCUACUUAAAAUCUCUGGAGGGCUUUCUCAUGGUGCUGUCCGAAGAUGGAGAUAUGAUCUAUCUCUCUGAUAAUGUUAACAAGUGUCUCGGGCUGGCUCAGUUUGACCUGACUGGACACAGCGUGUUUGACUUUACGCACCCGUGUGAUCAGGAAGAGCUGAGGGAGAUGCUGGUCCACAAAGCAGGCUCAAAAAAGACCAAAGAAUCAGACUCAGACCGCAGCUUCUUUCUUCGGAUGAAGUGCACACUCACUAGCAGAGGACGCACUGUCAACGUCAAGUCCGCUACAUGGAAGGUGCUCCACUGCUCCGGUCAUGUGCGCCUACAUGACAGCCUCACGGAGCAGACUGCCAAUGACCACAAAGAGCCACAGGUUCCUUACUUGGUGCUCAUCUGUGACCCUAUUCCACACCCUUCCAACAUUGAGGUCCCUCUGGACACCAAGACGUUCCUCAGCCGCCAUACAAUGGACAUGAAGUUCACAUAUUGUGACGAGAGGAUCACUGAGCUGAUGGGAUAUGAGCCAGAGGAGCUGCUGAAUCGUUCUGUGUAUGAGUACUAUCACGCGCUGGACUCAGACCACCUUACCAAGACACAUCACAACUUGUUUGCAAAGGGCCAGGUCAGCACAGGCCAAUACCGGAUGCUGGCCAAGAGAGGAGGUUUUGUGUGGGUGGAGACGCAAGCAACUGUCAUCUAUAACAACAAGAACUCUCAGCCACAAUGCGUUGUCUGUGUCAACUUUGUCCUAAGUGGAAUUCAGGAGGAAAAACUGAUCAUGUCUUUGGAGCAGACAGAGGAUAUGAAGCCUGUAAAGCAGGAACAAGACAAGGAGAGCUGCCUUGCAGAGAGUUCUCCAAUCCUGCUAAAGGAAGGAGAGGAAGAAGAGAAGACUGCUGAGCUGGAUGUGAUCAAGCUGUUUACACAAACACUUGAGCCAAAGCCAGUGACGAGUUUGUACGAUCAGCUGAAAGAAGAGCCUGAAGCCCUCACUCUACUUGCCCCAGCAGCUGGAGACACCAUCAUCUCACUGGACUUUAGCUGUCCCGACUCUGACAUCCAUCUGCUGAAAGACGUGCCUCUCUACAAUGACGUGAUGCUUCCUGCCACUAGUGACAAACUAGCACUGCCUCUUUCCCCUCUGCCACCCAGCGAGCCCCACACUGUGGAAAACACCACUGUAGAUGGAAAAAGUGACAACUAUGCCAGACCCUCGUCCACAUCAGUAACCAACAACAGCGCAGCUCAGGUUCCUCCUCCGUUGGACAUUUGCUUAACCAUGGACUCGGACAUCUCUGAUUUCAAACUAGACUUAGUGGAGAAGCUGUUUGCCAUUGAUACCCAACCUAAGACCCCAUUUACCACACAGACGACGGAGGACUUGGAUCUGGAGAUGUUGGCACCCUACAUCCCCAUGGAUGAUGACUUCCAGCUGCGCAGUUUGAGCCCAGAAGAGCCAUUGUCAUGUGGCCCUGUCAAAUCCCUUGAGAGCUCACCUGUCAAUCAUGAGGUCCAGAACUCACCCUUCAGCGCACCUGGAAGUCGUACCAUCUCUCCUGCACCAGCCGAGCCACUUGCUGCCCUGCCCGCUUCUAUCAUCCCCACUAAGAGACCAACACAAUUAGACAAGGUGUCACUCCACACUUUGGCUGCUCAAAAUGCACAACGCAAAAGAAAACUGGACGACACAAGAGAGAUGGUUGGCAAGGAAACUUUGCCCCGGGAACAAGUUGAACAAGGGAAAAAACUGAAGGCCAACGGAUUGGGCACAGGCCAAACUGUAAUUCUGCUACCUUCAGAUUUGGCAAGUUGCUUACUAGGCCGCACCUCAGAGGCCACCAGUUCCCUCUUCAGCCUCCCACAACUCACUCGCUAUGACUGCGAGGUCAACGCCCCCUUACAGGGCCGCCAGUAUCUGCUACAAGGGGAGGACCUUCUGCGUGCAUUGGACCAUGUCAACUAAGUCCAUGCUUAGCCUGCCCCCUGCUGGACUUGAUUGGACACCAGUUUAUUCUUCUCUUGAGAACACUCACCCCAACUUUCUCUUAUUUAUGUAUCUCAAUACGUCCAACGCGCGUCUGGCUGCUGGUUGUGCACACCUUGUGAAGUCCACAGCAUUCCACUGUGCCACAGCAGCACCAGGGUCACUAGGAGGGCUUCCAGCAUUACAAAGUUUUUUCUCUCUUCCUUGGAGCGUCUUAGCAUACAGCGCCUCUAAACGACCCUUUUCCAGCAGGCCAUCAAGAACCUGGCGCCACUGCCAGUAGUGUAUUGUAAGCUUCAGUCGCACAAUUUAUAUUUUCUUAAAAAGAAAACUAUUACCAGCACUAUAUAUUAAGCCUUUUUAAACUAGUUUUAAUGGGAUUCGAACAGUUGUAUUUUAUUUUUUCCACACUUGUAUGUUGUAGUACUCUAAACAAAUGUCUGUAGUCCGCAACUUAUUGGUUAAACCUGCAGUGGUUUGAAUGUUGGCUUUGUUAAUUUGCUGUAAGUGUGUAGCAGUCCCAGUACAUGUCACUUUAUUUCUUUACUGUACGUGUGUUAUUGUAUGUAUAACCGGGAAAUUCAUUCAAAUGUAUGGCUGCAUAACUUCAGCUCUGUCGAAACCUGGCUUGCUUUGCUUCACAUAUACAGCCUGUUUUCCAUCAAACAUGACAUGUGACACGCUAAAAACAAAAAUAAGGGGGUUGU